UAAUCAUGCUGCCAAAUCUUUGGAGAAUGGAGCUUUUAUGACAGGUGAAUUGCAGCGUUUUGGGCCCAUUCAUUUGAGCCCAUCUUCUGGGGUCUUAAAUUAUGGACAGGGAGUAUUUGAAGGUAUGAAGGCAUAUAGGAAAGUGGAUGGAUCUAUUCUUUUAUUUCGUCCGGAGGAAAAUGCGUUGCGAAUGAGAAUGGGUGCUGAGCGGAUGUGCAUGCCUGCACCAACUGUUGAGCAUUUUGUGGAUGCUGUAAAGCAAACUGUCCUGGCUAACAAGCGUUGGGUGCCCCCUCCUGGUAAAGGAUCAUUGUACAUUAGACCUAUGCUCUUGGGUACUGGACCUGUCCUUGGUGUUGCUCCUGCUUUGGAAUACACUUUUCUUAUUUUUGUUUCACCCGUUGGGAAUUAUUUUAAGGAGGGUUUAGCACCACUAAAUCUGAUAAUUGACACUGAAACUCAUCGUGCGAUUCCUGGUGGUACUGGAGGUGUAAAGGCAAUUGGAAACUAUUCUCCGGUGGAUAAGAUGGUAGAAAUCCAACAGGGGCUGGAACUGGCAUUGAGAAUCUGGAACUCCGAGUUUGUUAAGAACAAAAAUUUUCAAGGCGAGUACAAACGUUGGUAUGAAUCUGGGGUUGAAACAAUUACAUCUCUGGAAUCACAAUUGACACAGUGCAAUACAACAAUUGCAACCUCCCUCUCGUUGCAGCUUCAGGAUCUGCAGAAACUCGUGGGGGGUUGGUGGAAGCACGAGCCAGCUUUUGUGAAAGGGAGUCGAGCAUUGCAACGUCGAACUGAGAUUAUCAUUGAGGGGCUCACUCCUAGCCAAGCUUUGAAGGAUUCUUCCUCAGAUUCUGACGGUGAUGACAUCGAGAGUGAAUUGAAGAAGUUGCUCUUUAAUGACGACGAGGGGGCGGAGGAGAAUGUUGACAUUGAUUAG